AAGGAUGGGAAGCCUUCCCAGCAGAGGAAAACAGCUGACACACCCAAGCUCAAGCCCCUCAGCCCAAGGCCAAGGACAUCAACCCAUGCCAGCAGAGAGGAGCAAGGUUACAGCUGUGGCCCUGGGCGCUUUCCCGGUGGGCUUGCAGGCAGAGCUGUCGCUGAGGCUCGGGGAGCCAUUGACUAUUGUCUCUGAGAAUGGAGACUGGUGGACAGUGCUGUCGGAAGUCUCGGGCAGAGAGUACACCAUCCCCAGCACCCACGCGGCCAAAGUCUCCCAUGGGUGGCUGUACGAGGGCUUGAGUCGGGAGAAAGCCGAGGAGCUGCUGCUGCUGCCGGGGAACCCCGGGGGAGCCUUCCUCGUCAGGGAAAGCCAGAGUCGAAGAGGCUGUUAUUCUCUGUCAAUCCGACUCAGCCGCCCCACGUCGUGGGACCGGAUCAAACACUACAGGAUCCGGCGCCUUGACAACGGCUGGCUGUACAUCUCCCCAAGCCUCACCUUCCCCUCACUCCAGGCGCUGGUGGAUCAUUACUCUGAGCUGGCGGAUGACAUCUGUUGCCCCCUGAAUGAGCCAUGUGCCCUGUGGAAGGCUGGCUCAGUUCCUGGCAAGGCCAUACCCCCACCUGUGACUGUGCAGAUGACGCCAUUCAACUGGAAAGAGCUGGAUAGUUCCUUCCUGUUCCAGGCCUCUGCUCCAGAGGAGGCAUCCCUCCUCAGUGAGGGGCUCCGGGAGGCCCUCAGCUCCUACAUCAGCAUGACUGAGGGCCUUUCCUUGGAGGAUGGCAAAGCUCAGAGCAGAAGUCGCAAGGGAAAGGCUACAGAACCUAGCACUCCACUGGACUCAACCUGAUGGGCACUCAGAGGCAAGGCUGUGGACCACUGGGAGGGCUGGGCAAGGAGCUGGAGCUCUAUCUAGGGGCUCUGGGUUCUCUACUUCUUCCUUUGACAUGUUACCUCCUCCCAGUGGCCUGACCCCACCUGCAACCUCUAGUCCAGUUCAGAAAGUGAAUGCAGGGCCAGGACUGAGCACAGCACCCGUGGGACCUGGCCCAGUCACUUCCUCAGUCAGGCUACAUUUGGACACAGGGUAGAGAUGGCUAAGAGAGCUUGGUCAGGUUCAACUGAGAAGCCACAAAGUAAUAAAUCGCCAGUGGGGACUGUCUGGAAAAGGGCUUGAUGGGGCUUGUGAGACCCUCCAUGCCCACCUAACCCCACCCCUAACCACACCUUCAGACCAAGCUCACUGUCAGGCCAACCCUCCUCUAAGUGCUGAGAGGAUGCCUGUGUGCAGAGAUCUUGCUAAAGGUUAUGGGAUAUUUGAGAAUGGUACGUUCCCCUGCCCCCACCAAGGCCAAGGCUGCAGCUAAACGAAGUGGAGUCCUUGCCCUGGUCCCCAUAAAGGAAGGAGCCGUGGCCGAAGUUGCUACGGGAGCAGGAGGAGAAAGGAAGGGAGGGGAGGUGGGCAUCACCUCCAGUGUUCCUACUAGGCUCCGAGGUUUAGCUUGGGGGACGGGGGAGGCAUUUAACAGGUUUUCAAAGAUUUGAUUUAUUCAAGUGUGUGAAAACAUUCUACAAAGGGAACUGUUAAGAUGCUGUUUGUACUUGCUGUGGACCACAUAGACACUGGCUGCCAUGCUGUUUUCAGAAGACUUGAAAUGCCACUAAUCAUAUACGAACUGUACACCCGAUGGAGCACUAG